AUGAAACUCUCGUUACCUAUCCUUCUAGCCACCUCCGUGGCUAUUGUGAAGGCUGCUACGGUCACUUCAACCGUUACUCGUAGCAUUACAACAUCCUACGCUCAUGAGACCAUUCUUGGUCCUCCACCAGCAUCUACCGGAGAACCUACUACAGUCACUUCCUCUGAGGCCGAAAGCUCCGAAACUGUUGCUGUCUCUUCUGAGACUGUUGGUGCAGAGACCUCUGAGACUUCUGCUUCUACUGAAACCACUGUUGGUGAAUCAUCUUCUGUUAAUGCUGUACUUUCCUCGUCUGCAGAUGCUGAAACUUCUUCGUCUGCCGAUUCUGAAGCUCCAUCUUCUGAUAUUGCUGAAACUACAUCCACUGUUGAUGAAACUACAUCUACUAUAGAGGCUGCAUCAUCUUCUGCUGAAGCUGCUUCCUCCUCUGCUGAAGCUGCUUCCUCCUCUGCUGAAGCUGCUACCUCCUCUGCUGAAGCUGCAUCACCUUCUGCUGAAGCUGCUACCUCCUCUGCUGAAGCUGCUUCCUCCUCUGCUGAAGCUGCUACCUCCUCUGCUGAAGCUGCUACCUCCUCUGCUGAAGCUGCUACCUCCUCUGCUGAAGCUGGUGUUUCACCAGAUGCCGCACCUGAGGAAUCCAGUCUGAGCUCCGAAAGUCCAAUCCCUCCUGUCACCCUGUCUGCUACUUCCAGCGAUAGCAUUCCAAGUUCUAGUGACAGCUCAAGUACUACUACUGACCUCGUGUCAUCCUCCGCUAUCUACUCUGUUGUUUCCGAUCUUAGCUCUUACUCAUCGAGUUUAACUUCUGCCUACGCCAGCUCGAGUUCCAGCUCUGAGUUGUCUUCUGCAUCCUCCUCUCCAACGGCAAGAGUUCUUAGCGCAUUGGAGGCUGAUCUCUUACAGGAGACCAAUGCAAAGAGAGCCUUGCACGGUGCUCCAUUAAUGACUUGGAAUUGGGAGUUGGCUGACUACGCUGCUAACUAUGCCGCCAACAACUUUGAUUGUAACAAUGUUCAACUUAUCCACUCUGGAGGACCUUACGGAGAAAACUUGGCUGCUGGUUACGUGGGAGGUUUCGAGCCUGUCGAUGCAUGGUACGACGAAAUCAAGGACUAUGACUAUUCCAACCCGGGUUACUCUGGAGCAACUGGUCACUUCACCCAGCUUAUUUGGAAGGCCUCGGUCGAGUUGGGGUGCGCUGUCGUCAUGUGUAACAACGAAUGGAGACAGUAUACUAUUUGUGAGUACAACCCUAGAGGUAACCUUGUGGGAACCACUCAGAGUCUUACUACUUACUUGUUUACCCAGAACGUGUUGCCAUUGCUUCAGGGACAGGCUCCCUAG